AUGCUAAGUGGAAACAAUGGAAACUCUCUGCAACCGGUUUUCAUGAACGAGAACCAGUUGCAGUACCAGACAAAUACACAAUCGAAUCAGCUUCACUUGCUCGGAACCAUGGGAGGUGGGUGCACUGUUGAUCCAGUAAACUACUUUGCUAACGAUAACCUCGUUCCAAUGAUUCGGCCUAACAAAAGAGGAAGGGAAGAAGUCGAAAGCAUUAGUAAUAUCCAAAGACAGCAGAAGCUUCAGAUCUCUUUGAGCUAUAAUCAUAACAACAUUGGUGUUCGAGAAGUCCCUAAGGAGAAUCUAGUCUCUACUGGUCUUAGACUAUCUUAUGAUGACGAUGAACGCAACUCUUCAGUGACUUGUGCUAGUGGUAGCUUUGCAGCUGCUUCUCCAAUGUUUCAGUCACUCGAUGAUAGUCUUCGGAUUGACCUCGAUAGACAAAAAGACGAGCUUGACCAGUUCAUCAAGAUCCAGGCAGCUCAAAUGGCGAAAGGCGUGAGAGAUAUAAAACAGAGACAGAUUGCGUCUUUUCUCAACACAAUAGAGAAAGGAGUGAGCAAGAAGCUUCAAGAGAAGGAUAUCSAGAUCGAUAACAUGAACAGAAAGAAUAAGGAGCUCGUGGAGCGGAUAAAGCAAGUGGCAACUGAAGCUCAGAAUUGGCAUUACAGAGCAAAGUACAAUGAGUCUGUGGUUAAUGUCUUAAAGACAAAUCUCCAACAAGCAAUGUCACACAAGAACAACAAUAUGAUUGRUGCUGCAGAUCAAGGCAAAGAAGGGUUUGGAGAUAGUGAGAUAGAUGAUGCAGCUUCGUCGUACAUUGAUCCAAACAAGAACAAGAUGGGAAUCCAUAGGAUGAGAUGCAAAAUGUGCAACGCGAAGGAAGUAUCGGUGUUGCUUGUGCCGUGUAGGCACUUGAGCUUGUGUAAAGAAUGUGAUGUAUUCACUGGGAUCUGUCCUGUAUGCAAGUCUUUGAAAACUUCUAGCGUUCAGGUCUUCUUUUCCUGA